UUCCCAUCAGCAGCAAGCUGCCUGUGGGGGUGUAAGUCUGUGCAUGUUCACAGGAAGCACAUAUUUCUCCCAUGUCCAGCUGCUGCAGUGGUUCAUUUCCCAUGUUUUGUCUAUAUCAGCAUUGUCCAAGAGCAGGAUUUAAAACAUGUAACUACCAGGUCCUCCUUUGGCCAAUUCAGAACUUGCAAAAAAAUACUCCCCCUUACCACCUUUUACAUGGAGAAAGAAUGUUCUGGGAAGAAGAUAUUGUUGUGGAAAUUGAAUGGCUACUUCUAG